GAAAUUGAGAAACUGCUACAGAACUAUCCAAGGGAAGAUAGGUGUGCCCGAAUACAAAACCUGGAAAAACUAGAUUAUAUAUCUCUCUCACUCUCUCCCCCUCUCCCUCUCUCUCUCAUUCUCUCUCAUUCUUUCUCUUUCUCUCUCACUCUCCUCUCCCUCUCUCUCACCCCCCCCUCUCUCUCUCACACACUCUCUCCCCCCCUCUCUCUCUCUCUCUCUCUCUCUCUCUCAUUCUCUCUCAUUCUUUCUCUCUCUCUCCUCUCCCUCUCUCUCACCCCCCCUCUCUCUCUCCUCUCUCUCUCUCCCUCUCACUCUCUCCCCCUCUCCCUCUCUCUCUCUCUCUCUCCCCCUCUCUCUCUCUCUCUCACUCUCUCUCUCUCUCUCUCUCUCUCUCAUUCUCUCUCACUCUCCUCUCCCUCUCUCUCACUCCCCCUCUCUCUCCUCUCUCCCUCUCUCCUCCCUCUCUCCGUGGCUCUGGAGUCCACGAUGGCGUUCACCUUUGCUGCAUUCUGUUACAUGCUGUCUCUGGUCCUGUGUGCUGCGCUCAUCUUCUUUGUGAUCUGGCAGGUCAUUGCUUUCGAUGAGCUGAGGACAGACUUCAAGAACCCUAUUGACCAGGGCAACCCAACCAGAGCGCGAGAGAGAAUUCAUAACAUUGAGAGAAUCUGCAGCCUGCUGCGCAAGCUGGUGGUCCCGGAGUAUUCGAUCCACGGGCUUUUCUGCCUCAUGUUUAUGUGCGCCUUGGAGUGGGUGACCCUCGGGCUCAACAUACCCCUCCUCUUCUACCACCUGUGGAGGUAUUUCCACCGGCCGGCGGACGGGUCGGAGGUCAUGUACGAUCCGGUCAGCGUGAUGGACGCAGACAUCCUCAACUACUGCCAAAAAGAGUCCUGGUGCAAACUGGGCUUCUACCUGCUCUCCUUCUUCUAUUACCUGUACAGGUGAGCUGCUGUCAGAACACUGUCCGGGUCACAAGCAUGAAUACGUGGACAUAGAGAGGAGGGGAGGGGGGUCUGUCUGCCUGUC